GUAGAAAGAGGGGCAUAAGCCGUGAGCCAAACGUUAAAGUUACAUCUCUCCCUCCAUUAUCUUAAUCCCAGGAAGAUGAACUGACGACGAUCUUUUGUUACCUUCUUGUUUUUCUUUUUUUUUUUUUUUUUUUUUUUUUUUUUUUUUUUUUUUCUCUUGAGCCUUUUCUCAGGCGUUUUGUUUUCCUCAGUACACGUAGUUAUGUUUCCUUAAAACCAGCACUCACCACCUGUUCGAUAAAAGUCUUCAAUAGAGAGUGAACUCAAAUCACCUAUUUUUGUCGAAGCAAACUAGUCGUGAAUUCUCACGUUUAUUCUCAGAUUUUCGUUCCUCAUCUUAUUGUUUUGCGUACUACAAUGCGAAGAGUUUCAAGGAUCGUAGCCUCAUCGGCGUCAAGCCUCCUCGCAAAUGCUUCAGCUGCCGCCGCUAAACACUCUUUUACCGUCACUUUGUCCGCACGGCAGGACCUUCAACAUGUCGCAGAAAAAUCAAUUCCCGGUGAAUUUGUGAAAUGGGGUUCGCUUGGGUUCUUUAGAACGUCGAGAUUCGCGACUGGGUUCACGCCCUUGCAGCCUAAGCCGUUGGAUUCGAUCAUGGAUAUUGAGAGAGUCAAGGAUCGUUCGGCUGAGGACAUCGCUUCAAUUUGGGAUGACUAUCACUUGGGACGAGGCCAUAUCGGAGCAUCCAUGAAAGCAAAACUUUUUCACCUGUUGGAGCAAAGAGCAGCAGAUUGCCGGUAUUUUGUCAUCCCUUUGUGGAGAGGAAGUGGUUAUACGACAAUGUUUGUUCAAGUGCAGAUGCCACACAUGCUUAUCACUGGUCUUGAAGAUUACAAGGCUAGGGGAACUCAAGCGUCUCCCUACUUCACCAUAGCAUACUACAAAGAGUUUGCAGAAACCAAGGACAUUGCGCUUAUCCGAGGCGACGUGGUGUUCACCAGCAAGCUCACGGACUCGGAGGCGAAAUGGCUUCUUGAGACAGCUCAAUCUUUUUACUUAAACGAUGCGAGGUACAAGUUGGUCGAAAGAUUCAACAAGGAAACUCGUGAGUUUGAGUUCAAGGAUGUCCUGCGAGCACUUGAAAUGCCCGUUCUAUGAUUUUUAUUUAUUUAUUUUCUUUUUUGCUGCAAAUAAGAAUUAUAGUCAAUUUGCUAUUUGAUAUUGAAGAAUGCAUUGAUCUUUUUGUUUUGUUUAUGUAUUUGGAUUUGUUAUUUCUAUUGA